AUGGCGCCACAUGCGCGUGCAAACCGGAAGUUGGCCGCAACACUUCCCGGAAGUUCCCUCAUCCUAGAUUGUUGUUUUUGUUGCUAGCAGAGGGAUUGUGGUGGAAAAAAAAAAACAUGGCGACGUCUCGUCGCGCUUCUCAGCAGCAACACCAGAGUUUAUCCUCCCCUCCGCGUAUUGCCUCUAGUUCCCUCACCCCGCCUGGAUCCCCUCCGGGCGCCGGCGUGGCGAGUCUUUCAGCAGCGGUUGGAGGCGAACAGGACGCCGCUGGAGAUGCGGACCCGAGCGCGGCCUCCUCCUCUUCCUCCCCAGCUCCGCUCCGCAGUGCUAGCAGCACUAGCAGCAGCAGCACCAGCACUAGCAGCGCUAGCUCCCCGAGCACCACCGGAGCCUCCAGCCCGGAUUCACCCAGCACGAGUCCGACGGGGACCUGCGCGAGUAGCGGCGCUUUUCGGGAGCUCUUUGAGGCCUGCAGGAAUGGAGACGUGUCUCGGGUGAAGCGGCUUGUGGACUCGGUCAAUGUUAACUCUAAAGAUAUGGCCGGGCGCAAAUCCACUCCGCUGCACUUUGCUGCAGGUUUCGGAAGGAAGGACGUAGUGGAGCAUCUUCUGCAGACGGGAGCAAACGUGCAUGCCCGGGACGAUGGCGGUCUGAUCCCGCUUCACAACGCCUGCUCAUUUGGCCAUGCCGAGGUGGUUAGUCUGCUGCUGUGCCAGGGUGCCGACCCCAACGCCCGAGACAACUGGAACUACACGCCGCUCCACGAGGCCGCCAUCAAGGGCAAAAUCGACGUGUGCAUAGUACUGCUCCAACACGGCGCCGACGCCAACAUCCGCAACACCGACGGCAAGUCAGCGCUGGACCUGUCCGAGCCGUCCGCCAAAGCCGUGCUUACCGGCGAAUACAAGAAGGACGAACUGCUGGAAGCGGCGAGGAGCGGAAAUGAAGAGAAGCUCAUGGCCCUGCUCACCCCGCUCAACGUCAACUGCCAUGCCAGCGACGGCCGCAAGUCGACAUCUCAAAAAAUGCUGUCGACUCCACUACAUCUGGCAGCGGGAUACAACAGAGUCCGGAUCGUCCAGCUCCUCCUGCAGCAUGGCGCCGACGUGCACGCAAAGGACAAGGGUGGUCUCGUACCUCUGCAUAACGCCUGCUCCUAUGGUCACUAUGAAGUCACAGAGCUGCUCUUGAAGCAUGGUGCGUGUGUGAACGCCAUGGACCUGUGGCAGUUCACUCCCCUGCACGAAGCAGCGUCCAAGAACCGCGUGGAGGUUUGUUCCCUCCUGCUGAGUCACGGCGCUGAUCCCACACUGGUCAACUGUCACGGCAAGAGCGCGGUGGACAUGGCCCCUACUCCCGAGCUCAAAGAGAGACUCACCUAUGAGUUUAAGGGUCACUCGCUGCUCCAGGCUGCACGUGAGGCGGACAUGGCCAAAGUAAAGAAGACGCUCGCUCUGGAGAUCAUCAACUUCAAACACCCACAGACCCACGAGACUGCGCUGCACUGUGCCGUCGCUUCGCCCCACCCGAAGAGGAAGCAGGUCGCUGAGCUGCUGCUACGGAAAGGCGCCAACGUCAACGAGAAGAACAAGGACUUUAUGACUCCUCUGCAUGUGGCUGCUGAGAGGGCUCACAAUGACAUCCUGGAGGUGCUGCAGAAACAUGGGGCCAAGAUGAAUGCAGUAGACACUCUGGGACAGACGGCUCUGCACCGGGCGGCUCUGGCUGGUCAUCUGCAGACGUGUCGGCUGCUUCUGAGCUACGGCGCAGAUCCAGCCAUCGUCUCGCUGCAGGGCUUCACCGCCGCACAGAUGGGCAACGAAGGCGUCCAGCAGAUCCUCAACGAAAACGUUCCAGUGAGGAACUCGGAUGUAGACUACAGGCUUUUAGAGGCAGCUAAAGCGGGUGACCUGGACACUGUAAAGCAACUCUGCUCCGCUCAGAAUGUGAACUGCAGGGAUCUGGAAGGACGUCACUCGACGCCGCUUCACUUUGCUGCAGGCUACAACCGGGUGGCUGUGGUGGAGUACCUGCUGCAUCACGGCGCAGACGUCCAUGCCAAAGACAAAGGAGGUCUGGUGCCGCUGCACAAUGCCUGCUCGUAUGGGCAUUACGAAGUGGCUGAGCUGCUGGUGAGACACGGUGCAUCGGUGAACGUGGCCGACCUGUGGAAGUUCACACCACUGCAUGAAGCUGCUGCCAAGGGCAAAUAUGAGAUCUGUAAACUGCUUCUCAAGCAUGGUGCUGAUCCGACAAAGAAAAACCGCGAUGGAAACACGCCCCUAGAUAUGGUGAAGGAAGGGGACACGGACAUCCAGGACCUGCUGAGAGGAGACGCUGCCCUGCUAGACGCCGCAAAGAAAGGCUGCUUGGCUCGUGUGCAGAAACUCUGCAGCCCCGAGAACAUCAACUGCAGAGACACGCAGGGGCGCAACUCUACCCCGCUACACCUGGCAGCGGGGUAUAAUAACCUGGAGGUAGCGGAGUAUCUUCUGGAGCACGGCGCAGACGUGAAUGCACAGGACAAAGGCGGCCUCAUUCCCCUCCACAAUGCAGCCUCAUAUGGGCACGUGGAUAUUGCGGCUCUGCUGAUCAAGUACAACACGUGUGUGAACGCCACGGACAAGUGGGCUUUCACUCCUCUUCACGAGGCUGCGCAAAAGGGACGCACCCAACUGUGUGCCCUGCUGCUGGCCCAUGGAGCCGACCCCACCAUGAAAAACCAGGAGGGCCAGACGCCACUCGAUCUCGCCACGGCUGAUGAUAUCCGGGCUUUGCUGAUUGAUGCCAUGCAUCCUGAUUCCCUGCCCAGCUGCUUUAAGCCUCAGGCCACAGUUGUGAGCGCUGCUGUGAUCUCGCCCGCCUCCACGCCAUCCUGCCUUUCAGCCGCCAGCAGCAUUGAUAACCUGGCCGGCCCGUUGGCUGAGCUCUCAGUGGCUGGAGCUUCGGGGCCUGCGGACGGAGCCACAGGGACUGAGAGAAAGGAGGGAGAGAUUACCAUUCUCGAUAUGAACAUCAGCCAGUUCCUGAAGAGUUUGGGUCUCGAGCAUCUUCGGGACAUUUUCGAGAGGGAGCAGAUCACUCUGGACGUGUUGGCUGAUAUGGGCCAUGAGGAGCUUAAGGAGAUCGGCAUCAAUGCGUACGGUCACCGCCACAAGCUUAUCAAAGGCAUUGAAAGACUGCUGGGCGGUCAGCAAGGUGGCAACCCAUACCUGACAUUCCACUGUGGGAGUCAGGGCACAGUGCUGAUCGACCUGGCACCCGACGAUAAAGAGUUUCAGUCUGUGGAAGAGGAGCUUCAGAGCACGAUCAGAGAGCACAGGGACGGGGGAAACGCCGGUGGAGUGUUCAGCAGGUACAACAUCCUGAAGAUCCAGAAGGUGGUGAAUAAGAAGCUGAGAGAGAGAUACGCACACAGACAGAAAGAAAUCGCUGACGAAAACCACAACCACCACAACGAGCGUAUGCUCUUUCAUGGCUCUCCCUUCAUUAACGCCAUCAUCCACAAAGGUUUUGAUGAGAGACACGCCUACAUUGGGGGAAUGUUCGGCGCAGGCAUCUACUUCGCUGAGAAUUCAUCCAAGAGCAACCAGUAUGUAUACGGCAUCGGCGGCGGCACCGGCUGCCCCACACACAAAGACCGCUCCUGCUACAUCUGCCACAGGCAGAUGCUGUUUUGUCGCGUGACUCUGGGCAAAUCGUUCCUGCAGUUCAGCGCCAUGAAAAUGGCCCACGCACCGCCAGGGCACCACUCGGUCAUCGGGCGGCCCAGUGUCAACGGCCUGGCCUACGCCGAGUACGUCAUCUACAGAGGGGAACAGGCGUUCCCGGAGUACCUCAUCACAUACCAGAUCAUGAAGCCGGAGAGCACAGCGCAGCCGCCGAACGCAGCAGAGCAGAAGUCUUGAGUGUCUCGCGGAAUGUCUCCAGGGCGUCUCCUGUACACUGCUCAGACUGUUCCACACUCCUCCACACACAUUCUGGCCUCCAGCCCAUGCUUGUCUUUCUCCAGCCUCCAACAUGACCACCUCCAGCCUCCAACCUCCAACCUGAUCUCCAGCCUCCAGCCUCCAACCUGACCUCCCUGCAUUUCUGCUCACACCUGCAGCGUUAGUGUUUUUAAGCAACCCUUCUCCUCUAUGUGCUUACCUGGGUCAGAGGUCACAGCUCCCAGGGCUGAUGGCUGAAGUGAACUAAGACAAGUGCCCUAAUUGCCAGAUUAUUAUAAUUUUUUUCAUUUAAUACUAGUUUAAUCCAGUACACAUGUCUCUUCCCCCUUGUUGUUUUUUUUUUCUCUUUAAACCAUUUUAUGUGAAUUAUUUUAAACCUAACACACUACAAGAUGGACCACCUCAUCGUUAAUGUUCUGGGGACCGGCCAUGUUUUUUUUUUUCUUUUUUUCUUUCAUGUUUCAUGGAGCCUCUCGUCUCUGACACUUUCUUAUUUUUUAAUGAAUUGUAAAAGCAUUUCGGAAGUCAGACACGUGUGGAAACCCAGUUCUCUUAUUUGAGCCUUUAAUAUCGAAAUGUUUAACGCUUAAGGUUUUUUUUUUUUCCGUUUGUGCCCUUUUUGACUUGAAAAAGUCAGAUGUAUCACCUCCGUUAGCAUAUCCGAUUUAUAAAAAAAAAAUGCAUCGUUUUAAAAGACUUGAGGCAGGAUUUAACUUAUUCUAAGGAAAGUGAGAAAUAGCAUUUACAGGGGAAAAAAGCAGACAUUUCCUGUAAUGCUUGUGAUGGAUGAGUGCUUUGGAAAGAGCUCUGUUCUCUUUGCUCUUUGUUUACUGAUGAAGAGCGGCUUCAUUAGUGGAGCUUCCCCCAACCCCCCCUUCCACCACCCUUCUUGUUCUCUGAUCACUUUGCAUUCAAUAACAUUUUUUGCGUUCAUCGGUUGUUGGAUGACGGCCGAGUGAUCAGUAUUUUCAGUCUCAUUCCAGUGUAAUCUCUUGCAGAGAUUUCUUUCUCCUCUGAGACACUACUGACUUUUCAGCAUCACUGAUGCACAUUCACAGGUUGUGUAGAACAUGCCCCUGGAGGUUUUUUUUGUUUUGUUUUUGUUAAGUAAAUCACUUUAAUGGGGUGAAUGGUAUUCCACUUCUCUACCAACACAGUACUGGUGCUGUACAGGGAAUCAGCCAUUUUUAUUAUUUUAAUGUUUUGGGGGAAUAACCGGCCUACGUUUUUACACAAUUUAAAGACAUGAACUAUUACGCAAUGUGACCAGUGUAGGAGUUCUCUAAUGGGGGAAAUAAUAGCCAUGUAGGAUGGAUUGGAAACAUAUUUUUACCGCGUUAGGUCAAAUAUUUCAGCAUCUAUACACAUCAGAUAUCAAAGAUGCUCGUCGUAGCUUCUUUUAAUGAAGUUUGUCAGGUAAGAGUGAAUUCUUUGAGAGACCUAUGAUUCAUUCUUGUGAUAGAAUUUUGGGAUUUAAUACGGUAAAAACACCACCACUCACGUCUGCACACGUCUUAUUUAAAUAACUCAGUGUUGUCAUGGCAACAAGCAAUCCGACAUCGCUGGUUCUUGAUUUCUAACGAGCAACAUUUUAUUGCUGGGACAAAACCGAGAGCCAGUGAUGGGGACACACUUUUUUUUUUUAAUUUUAUUUAUUUAUUUUUUUACUUUUCUUUUGUGGGUUUUUAUUUUUUAUUUUUUUGGGCACCAGCACCAUGUUGGUGGAAAAGAGCACACACUUCUUUUUCACCUCUCAGCCUGAACCACUUUAUAAUUUUCACUCGUAUCCAAUUCUUUCCUGUUGUUUUUUUUUUUUCAUUAUUUAAUUCUACUUUGAUCAGAAUGUGAUGAGCUAUUUACCACAAGCAGACUAACUGAACAGUCCUCAAAUGUGUAAACCAGUCUUAAUAAAGUACAUAUGUCACA